AUGACUAAAAUUGAUAGAUUCCUAGUUUCAAAUGAUUUUUUGGAGAGCUUUUCGUUAGCUUAUGCGAUAGCCUUGCCUAGGCUAUCUUCGGACCAUACACCUCUGCUUCUUCGUUCUAGCUCUUCAAUUGGAGGUCCAAAGCCUUUUAGACUUGAGAUUGGAUGGUUGGAUGAAGCGGGUGUGAGGGAUCUUAUUAGGAAGACUUGGGAAAAUUCUAUUACUUUUGGCUUUUGGGAUUUCCAGCUACAUAAAAAAUUACUACAUUUGAAGCAUAAGCUGUUAAAAUGGAAGCAAGAAAAUAAGUAUCAGUUGGGAGCUAAGAUUGACAGCCUUUUGAAGGAUAUUAAGGGGAUCGACCAAACUGUGCAAAGUGGAGGGGAGUAUUCUAAGAUACUUGCUAGUGAGAUAAUUGGAAAAAUUAAUGCUUUGAAUGAACUUCGGCCGUCUGAGGAAAUUUAUUGGAGACAAAGGUCUCAAGUCAAAUGGCUAAAGGAGGGUGACUUGAAUACAAAGUUUUUUCACUCUAUUGCCAAUGCACGUAGGCAGCAGAAUGAUCUCUCAAGGCUUACUAUCUAA